AUGAAUCGUCUGCGUCGCCGACUGUCAAACCUCUCUACAACGAGCAAGCAGUCUGACGAUGGAGAUCGCGCCUCGAUCCACUCGAAUCUCUCUUCUCACCGCGAGGCCAUUUCGUCCUUCAUUCGAAGAUCGCGCAGCCGCAGCACGUCAAAGGAGCCGGAGGAAACGGCGUCUACCGGUCGUCGCUCGAGCAUCAGCGGAGUCGGCCGUCGUGCCAGCCUCAAGAUACCUGGUCUCCGCUCGCGCAAGGGCAGCAACGCUCAAGACGACGAGGAGGUGCCUCCGGUCCCCAAGACUCGUUCGAUCAGCAGCUCGGCUGCCCCAGAGGGCUACCCAGCCAGCACAUCCGACAGCUCGCGAAAGGGUAGUGUCACCAAGAAGACCCGCGGUAGGACAAGCUCGGAGACCAGCAGUUCCGGGGGGACCAAGGCCAACGGCAGCGCUGCCCCCGCUGUCGCAGCUACGAAUACGCCCGGUACGCCCAGCCGCAAGGGGCGUCGUGCCAGCGCGGACAAGUCUGAGAAGGCAGAGACGCAGCAGAAUGGAGAGGCAGAGCAGAAUGGCUCCCAGUCUUACCUCGGCGCUGCUACUGCCGCUGUUGCUGGAGCAGGAGCUGCUGUGGGUGGCACGGCGGCAGCCAUCGUCUCCAAAGUUACAGGCACAGCCGCUGAGGAGCACGGCUACCAGAGCGAGUCGGAUGAUGACGACGACGUGUUCCACGACGCUGACCUGACCGACAUUCAUGAGGGUGAUGAGGACGAGGAGGAAGACGAUGAAGCCACCGGCAAGAAGGCUAAAGGCCGCGCCCAGCCUCAGUCUGCCUACCACCGCGCUGGGCCCGCAGCCGCGACCUCUUCCCGCGGGCCCUCGAAGCUGAAGGGCACAUCUGGCGCCAAGCGUCGUGCCGGCUCAGAUCCUCCAACGGGUGCUGCAGGCGCUGGGGGUGAGAGUCCUUCCGACGCUAAGGCAAAGAAGGAGGUGCCUGCUGAAGUACGCGAGAAGUCGGCCAAGGUCUCCAAGCUGCGUUUCGACGACGUGACUCAAACCACUGAGCGCAUGAAUGAGGAUUUGGACGUAGCGCGCAAGGUACUGGACCUCUUCCUCAACAGUCGCAUGAUCGAGGCCGAGGAGAUCAUCAAGCAGCACGCAGACAGUCGCAUGUACUACGCACUCGGCUUUGGGCUCAUCGCGACUAUCAAGGGCUUCAUGACCUUCGAGCCGCAGGAUCUCGCCAUCGCCAUCUCGUACUGCCGCGACUCGAUGAACAUCGCCAACCUGCUUCGCAAGCAGAGCAACGCCGUUUCCAACCUGGGCCGCUUCGUGCGUGGAACAGGGCACGGACCUGCAGCAAUGGCUCAGAUGACGCCCGUGCAGCGUCAUGCUGAGCUGGUCUACGCGGAGAGCAUGCUCCUCAAGGCUGUCCUGGGUAUUGUCCACUCGGGCGACGUCUUCUCCUUCGUCGCCGAGGCUCUCAACAUGCGCACCGCAUACGGUAUCUACCGCUCGCUGGGCAAGUACGUCGAGACUGCAGACGGCAAGGCCGGUGGAUUUGACAAGUCCAUUGACGAGGACUUCAGGUCGGGCACCUUCCUCGGCAAUGGUUUGAUCUCGCUCAUCCUUGGUCUGCUGCCUAGCAAAGUGCUCAAGAUUAUGGAUGUCUUUGGAUACACGGGCGACACGAAGGUUGGACUGGAUACGCUCAUGCGACCCGGCGGUUGGAGUCAGAGCCCUAAGCAGAAGAAGCCGAAGAUGGACAAGGAGCACGAGGGUAUCCGCAGGUCGAUCUGCGAUAUGUCGCUGCUGCUUUACCACUUGGUACUGUCCAGCUUCUUGCCCGUCACCGGCGUAGAUGUUCCAUUCGCCGAGCGCAUCCUGGACGUACAUCUCGCCCGCUACCCCGAGUCAGUCUUCUUCCUCUUUUUCUCCGGUCGCCUCUACUCGACGCAAGCUCUACCAGAGCAAGCCAUCGUCGCGUUCGAGAAGGCUCGCAAGGCGCAAGACGAGUACCGCGAGCUGCAGAACCUCUGCCACUGGGACUCGUCUCUGUGCCGCAUGUCCCUCUCUCAGUGGCCUGAGGCUCAGGAAUGCUUCUCUACCUUGCUCGACUCAUCCAAUUGGUCGCCUUGCGUCUACGCCUAUGGCAAAGCGGCCAACACGCUGCAGCACGACCCAACGAACAAGGAGGCGGCCGCCACGAUGGCCAAGGUUCCCUCAAUGAUGCAGCGCAUCGCAGGCAAGUCUAUUCCGCUUGAGAAGUUCGUGGCGAAGAAGGCGCACCAGUUCAACGAACAGGGUCACCUGCUCCUCCCUGGCAUCGAGUUCAGCUACGCCUUCCACUGCCUCUCCAACGCGCCCCGCUGGUCUCUCACCGAUGAGCAGCUUGUAGCCAUCUCCGACGCGCUGACUGAGCUCAACGAAAUCGAAGACCCCUCGCAGUACAAGGGCGGUGUCGACGCCUACUGGGACGAUCUUGCCCUCUGCCACUUCCUUCGUGGUGUCACGCUGCGAUACAUUGCUCACCCGGAGAAGCAUUCGAAGGUCAAGCCUGCCCAGCCUGACAUUCCGGUCGAGGAGGCGGAGGAGCAGGCCAUCCUGUCCCUGAACGCAGUGAUCGAGAACGGUCACAAGAUUCACCACUGCACGCAAUACCUCUACUUCAGUCGAUAUGAGCUUGGAAGGCUCUACGCCGUUAUGGGCCAGACGGAGAAGGCUGUGGAGUACCUGGAGCUGGUACUCUCGGGCAAGCAAUUGGAGGAUAAGGGGAACAGGUCGACGAAGCACAAGUACCCGCUGCAGAACAUGUGCUUGCUGAGGAGUAACGGCGCAUUGACGACGAUCAAGCAGGCGUAG